AUGCUCUAGCAAUUUCUCGAAAAGCAAAAGAAAAUCCUUGAAGAAGAACACAAUGUAGAAAUAUAAGAACAUAACGAAUUAUUAUCCCAAAAUACCUCAAUAGAGCUUCAACAGCAAGGUUAUGCAAUAAACAAACUAAAAUUAAAAUCUACCAAAACCGGUUUAUACGGUCGAACCUUAUGUACAUUUGCGCACCCUCAUUAUUCUAAAAAAUCAAUAGAAAAUCCUCAACUAUAGAAAUCUCUAUAACUUCCCGAAUCCAAAUUUUCGAAUGGAGACAAUAUAUUAAUAUAUAAAUUUGAUACAUAUUUUGAUAAAAAAUAAGCCUUAGAAAAUGGUGUGAUUUAUAAAAAGACAAAUUUUAAAAUAAUAAUUUCAUUCGAUAAAGAUUUUUAACCAAAUCGUUUGUAAAACGAAGUUAUUAGUUUAGUUAUCGAAACAAAUGAGAUUACUUACAAAAGAUGCGCCAAAACCCUCGAUUAAUUGUCUUAGAAAUACUCAGAUUCAAAUUUCUAAGGGUCGGCAUUGAUUCGAGUACUAAUAGAUGGAGAUGAUCCUUCUUUAUAAAAUAAUUUUGUUAAAUAAGCCCAUUUAUUAAAAUAAGAUACUCAUUUAAAUGAUUAUUUUAAUUAAAAUUUAAAUAAAGAAUAAAAAGAGGCUGUUGAAUUUGCCUUAAAAAGCCCCAAUAUAGCACUUAUACACGGACCACCUGGGACUGGGAAAACUUCGACUGUUUGUGAGCUUAUUUUAUAAGCUGUAAAGAUGGGAAUGAAGGUUUUGGCAUGUGCUGGUUCGAACAUUGCAGUUGAUAAUAUUGUAGAGAGACUUUAGAAAUAAAGAUAAUGGUGUAAAGCUUUAAGAAUAGGACAUCCUGCGAGGAUGAUAAAGGAAAUUUAUGAGAGUUGCUUAGAUUUUUAAAUAAGUAAAACACCUAGUUAUUAAGAAAUAAAAGAACUAAAGAGAGAAAUAUAAAAAAAAUUAUCAGAUUUAAACUUCGAAAAGUCCGAUUUUUAACGAAAAAAAAUAAAAGACUUUCUUUCUUCUCUAAGAUAGUCUAUUAGAGAAUAAGAAAGUGUUUCCAUAAAGGAAGUUUUGAAUGAAACAUAAGUUAUAUGUUGUACUAAUACUGGUGCCGAUGAUUAUAUUUUUAAAAAAGAAAUGAAAAAUUUCAUCUUUGAUUUAAUUAUUAUAGAUGAAUGCGCAUAGUCUAUGGAACUUUCAUGUUGGAUUCCUUUGCUGAAAGGAAAAAGGGCUGUUUUUGCUGGAGAUCAUAAAUAACUUUAACCAACUAUUAAAUCUCUAGAAAAUAAAAAAGAAUCCACUCUUUUUGAUAGAGUACACAAUUAAUUCCCUUAGACAAGUAAAUUGUUAUAGACUUAAUAUAGAAUGAAUAAUCUUAUUAUGUAAUUUUCAUCUCAGUUUGUUUAUAAUAAUUAGCUUUUGGCACAUGAUUCCGUCGCUAAUCAUUCUAUUUGUCAAGAUUUGGACUUAGUGUUGCUUUUUGUAGAUACUUCAGGUGCCAAAAUGGGUGAAAAUGUAUGCGAAAAAGGCUCUAAAUAUAACUUAGGAGAAGCUGAUUUAGUAUCUAUUAUUGUAGAUGAGCUUACUAAUUUAUAUAAAAAAUUUCAACUGUAGAUGGAUUCUAAGGGAGAGAAAAAGAAUGCAUUAUAAUUAGUAUGGUACGGUCUAAUGAUAUUAGAUAAGUUGGCUUUUUAAAUGAUUAUAGACGAAUGA